AUGUCUCAACAGCAGAGCGCUUUUCCAAACACCGGCUGUGAGGCGGUGACGCGGCGGACCAUGGACAACAGGCCUGUCCGGAGGAGGCGAAGCGGUGCUGUCCGACAUCUGCUCCUGGCAGCCGCCUUCCUCGCCUGCAGCUCCCAACUGCUGGUGGUGGAUGCCAACUCAUGGUGGUCACUAGCUCUGACCCCAAUCCAGCGGCCAGAGAUGUACAUCAUUGGAGCUCAGCCUCUUUGCAGUCAGCUGACAGGACUCUCUCAGGGCCAGAGGAAGCUCUGCCAGCUGUACCAGGACCACAUGAUCUACAUUGGAGACGGAGCCAAGACUGGCAUCAAGGAGUGCCAGUACCAGUUCAGGCAGAGGAGGUGGAACUGCAGCACUGUGGAUAACACAUCUGUGUUUGGACGGGUCCUGCAGAUCGGCUCCAGGGAAACAGCCUUCACCUAUGCCAUCAGCGCCGCCGGCGUGGUCAACGCAGUCAGCCGGGCGUGCCGUGAGGGCGAGCUCUCCACCUGCGGCUGCAGCCGUGCCGCUCGACCCCGUGAUCUGCCACGCGAUUGGCUGUGGGGGGGCUGUGGCGACAACGUGCAUUACGGCUACCGGUUUGCCCGUGAGUUCGUGGACGCCAGGGAGAGGGAGAAGAAUUACCCACGUGGGUCACCUGAGUACGCCCGAACACUAAUGAACAUUCAGAAUAACGAAGCAGGGAGACAGGCGGUCUAUAACCUCGCUAAUGUAGCCUGUAAGUGUCACGGAGUCUCGGGUUCCUGCAGUCUGAAGACAUGUUGGCUCCAGCUGGCCGACUUCAGACGUGUUGGAGAGUUUCUGAAGGAGAAGUACGACAGUGCUGCUGCCAUGCGCAUUGGACGCAAGGGAAAACUGGAGCUGGUGGACAAACGCUUCAACACCCCAACUGCUGAGGACUUGGUGUACAUCGACCCCAGCCCAGACUACUGCCUGCGCAACGAGACCACGGGCUCUCUUGGCACGCAGGGCCGCCUCUGCAACAAAACCUCAGAGGGCAUGGACGGCUGCGAGCUGAUGUGCUGCGGCAGGGGGUACGAUCAGUUCAAGACCUACAAGCACGAGCGCUGCCACUGCAAGUUCCACUGGUGCUGCUACGUCAAGUGCAAACGCUGCACAACGCUCGUGGACCAGUUUGUGUGUAAAUAGCACGCUGACAGACAACAGGUGGAUGGAAGGGGAUGAAAAAGGAGCAGAGGGGGACAGCAGUGGGACAGUGGGAUGAUGCAGGGCGAAGGAUUUAUGAGAGGAAGGUGAUUUUUCAGGGUUUGUUCAGGAUGAGUUAAGACAAUAGGUUCCAUUUUCUGACAGAGCUGCUCUUAUCAUUUUCAUUCUCACCUCUAAUGAUACAUCUCCUACCUUUUCAUACCAGCGUGCAAGAGCUGCAUAACACCUGUGCGGCCAUUUUUUUUUCUAUGUGUAUAAACAGCAGAAUGAUGAAUGCAUAGAUAAGGAAGAACAACAGAUGGAUGGGAGGAGAGGCUAAAGUAGGAAGCAGGGAGGAGUGGGAUAUCUUCCACACUUCUUCAGACAACUCUGUGAGACUCUUGUUUUCCCUCCACUCCGUGAUCACUUUCUGCUUUUCUGUGUAAUAUCCUGAUCACAACCCUGAAGGAAAGAGGGAUGGAGGGAAGGAAGGACAAACAAAACGGAUGAACAAAGAAGGGCAUCAAGGAUAAGUGGCAAAAGUGGAACAACUGGAUCCUAAAAGGGGACACAUGAUUAGUGUGAGAGGAAAUGAGAAAUGAAAUAAAUAUAUAAUUAAAUAAUAAAUAAACAUACAACUCUGUUAUUUAAAGAGACUGGAGCAAGCCUGAGACACAGUUUGGACACAUAAAGCUGUUUUAUGCCACACACCCCCACCUCACCCUUAUGAUCCUUACAGUCAUUAUGGAAUUUGCACCAUUUGAGUGCUGACUGAGUGACGUCACCAUGUGUGUUUCAAAGACCUUUUGACCUUUAACCCUGCUGACGUUGCGAAAAACACCUGCAGUACGUCCAGGAAUGCAGUCCAGACUGAAACAGCCAGGACAGAGGAGAACACAGAAGAGGAAUCAUGUAUUGGGGGCUUCAAAUGAAAAAAUGGAGUGAAUGGAGGGAAAAAAGCAAAGGGAAAAAGUCAAAGGAAUUUGAAAUAACAACAAAUGGAGAAGGACUUUGGGUGAUUAUUGCGAGACAAUUCAGGAGACACAAUAACAAAGCUACUCAGCUGAUUGGAAAACUCAAGCGCAGGAAUAUCCGGCUGUAGAUCUGUGCAGCAACAACACUUCAAGUCAGAAUGGACUAAUGGCUUAUAGUACACACUCUCCAUUUGUCUCAGUGUAACUACUGCUGUUACUUGUAUUACUAGAGCAGAUUUCCAGCACUGUCUGCGACCUGACAAGUGUGUCUGUGCAGGUUAAUGAGGCUCCCCGGUUGCAGCCAUCUUGACACACUGGCUGUUUAAACAAGCAGCUCACACCGGCAGUCCGGCUCCGUGACCUUCAUCAGACAGUGAAGCGAGCGAAACCUCCAUUAGUGAGAUUAAUGUGCUGUAUCUGCAUUAUGAACCCGCACUAAGAGACACGUUCACUGUGAGUGGACCUCUUCAUCUCAUGUUGUUAUGCAACUUAUAAAGUCAACAAUAAGCCCUGAGGUGUCAAUUUGGCAGUUUUUGACACCAAUUUAACAUUUUGAAAGGCCAUUGUACCGUGAAUUUUACAAGUUGUGUGAGUUGGUUUCAGAAUAUUGUAAGUUUAUAAUACAAUACAACUGAUGGAUGCAGUGAAUAACAAACACGAAGAGGACAAAGUGAACAGAAGAGGACUGGACAUGCUGUGGGGAAAAUGAAUGUGAGUGCGGAGAAACAGAAAAGGACUGCAAUUUAUAACGGCUACUCAAAAAAAAAGUAGAUCAGAAAAGAAAGUAUAUUUUAUUAUUGUUUUUUCAUUCUCUGUUUUCUAUGUUUUAUACGUGAGCAUUACUAUGUAUUCUUUUGAUAAACUAGUCUUCGACAAUGAGGCUUUGUUCUGUUUUUGAGUCUGCUGCAGUUCUUUUGGAAAAGUCCCAUCCCAGCCAACAUGACAGCUACAGACAAGCCUUUGUCAUUUAGAGGGUGUUUUGGAAAAUGAUGCCAUAGUUGCCAAAUGGGGACAGGAACUGAUGUAGUGCAACCCACAGACUUACAGUACUGCCAUUCACAAAACAGGGCCAAGUUCAGAAUCUGAGAAGCUACGGAAAUUCUGAAAAUAAUAAAUGGAAUGAGUUUUGUCUCCAGUAAUGUAAAGUAAAUGGACUAAUAUAGCAAUGGUCGUUCUAACACUGGUUUUAGGUUUUAAAACAGUAAUUUUACUGAUUACAGUGACGUGUGUAGGUCAAUCAGUAAUCAGAAUGACUUCUAUUGAGACGUGACGGUGGUGCAGAAUCGACUUUUCUCAUCAGUUUUCAUAGACUCGCUGCAUUAAGUGACAAGUGACUAAAACUUUCCACUCAAGUUAGGAGAAAAGUUUUGAGUCUUUGGUUGGUGCGGCAUGGCCUCUGAAUCAAUAUAUUCAUCUGAUGCUAACACUCUCCACAGUAAAUGUUAAUAGUGGUAUACAUUUUAGGUGGUUAAAGUUCACUUAUUCAGAAAGAAUAAUGCCGAAUAAUUGCUUCUAAAUGUUUUAAUAUUUAUUAUGAAGCCUCACAGAUAUAUAGCUGAAAUAAUCAAAAACCAGUGAUUAUGUGUUCAGUCUUUAGUUUACCCAGAUACAUUUAUAGGUGCACUUUCCAAGUAUUACAGUUCCUCAGGUGCAUGAUUAAAGAUCUCAGUUAUUCUCAUUAGAGAUAGCAACAGUCCCCACAGAUUGAAUUUUUACAUUUACAUUAAACUAAAUAAAACAUUCCACAUACAUCCACGUCCAUCUGUCUUGAUCAUAUCAGUAUUACAGUACUGACAAAAGUAGAUGAUCAGAAUGUUUUCCUGUUUAAUGCAACAUCACAUUGUGUUUAUACGUAUGUAAUGUUUUCUUACA